AUGAAGCCUCGACAGAAGGAACAGGACACGAGACUGAGGAAGCUCCCAGAGAGCAGCGAGGGAGACCAGUGGCUGGAAAAUGAGAAAACAAAGCCACUGAGGCCCCAGCAGCAGCCCCAGUGCCAACCAGCAGCGGGCACAGGACAGAGAAGAGGAAGCCGCAGAAGCCCCAGUGCCAACCAGCAGCGGGCACGGGACAGAGAAGAGGAAGCUGCAGCAGCCCCAGCGCCGACCAGCAGCGGGCACUGGACAGAGAAGAGGAAGCCGCAGAAGCCCCAGUGCCAACCAGCAGCGGGCACGGGACAGAGAAGAGGAAGCGGCUGCAGCCCCAGUGCCGACCAGCAGAGGGCACGGGACAGAGAAGAGGAAGCCGCAGAAGCCCCAGUGCCAACCAGCAGCGGGCACGGGACAGAGAAGAGGAAGCGGCUGCAGCCCCAGUGCCAACCAGCAGCGGGCACGGGACAGAGAAGAGGAAGCCGCAGAAGCCCCAGUGCCAACCAGCAGCGGGCACGGGACAGAGAAGAGGAAGCGGCUGCAGCCCCGGUGCCGACCAGCAGCGGGCACUGGACAGAGAAGAGGAAGCGGCUGCAGCCCCGGUGCCGACCAGCAGCGGGCACAGGACAGAGAAGAGGAAGUGAGGAAAUGGAAGAAGAGGGUUGACCUGAGCUGAAGGACAUGAGCUUCCACGUGAAAUAGCCCCAGGGCCGGGCACGGUGGCGCACGCCUGUAAUCCCAGCACUUUGGGAGGCUGAGGCAGGAGGAUUCCUUGAGCCCAGGAGUUCGAGACCAGCCUGAGCAACACAGUGAGACCCACCCCUCCAUCUCCACAAAAAAUAAAAAAAUUAGCCAGACACAGUGGCUCACACCUGUAGUCCCAGCUGCCCCAGAGGCUAAAGCAGGAGGCUCACUGGAGCACAGGAGGCUGAGGCUGCCGUGAGCUACGAUUGCACCACUGCACUCCAGCCUGGGCGACAGGGUGAGACUGUGUCUCAAAAGAAGAAAAAAGAAAAAACUAAUAGCUAAAAGUAAAUAAAUAGUCCCGGUUUCCAGCAGAAUAAAAGGAAGGUCAGCAGAAAGGCCAGGACGGCCUGAAGGAACUUCAGGGCUGGGGCUGUGGGGUGGAGCCGUCCCUUCCGGAUGCCAAGCGAAUGGACCUCCCCGCAGAAGCACACAGGUGAGGGGAUGAAGUCACGUUCCACACACAGGAUUUAGACACGGCUCGUGGCCCAUGCACCCGUAACCAGGAUGUACGUUGGGGAGAAGGAGGAAUGGGGCACAGUGGGGCGGCAGAGGCCCCGGGGUGCUGACGAGAGGAGCCCCGAGGGGGACAUGGAGACAGGAGCAAGAGGACCCUGCAGAGAGGGGCGGGCGCCCGCCCAGAAGAACAGGCCAGGGGAAGAGGUGGGGAUCCUGGCACGGCCAGGACGCCGUGGCUCAGCCUUGAGUGCGGCCACAGACGCAUCGUAACAGGAGCACCCAACGUCAUUUUUCCAUCAAGAAGAAGACGGCGAUAUCACCGUACUGGGGAAGGGAGUGUUUGAGUGGGGAGAUGUUGAGCUGUGACGUAAGCCUGUUAUUUGGAAACAUGGAGGUAAAUACAAAAAACAAACACGCCCAGCAAAACAAAGAAGGUGAUUUUC